AAGCGCUGUGACCUGGCAAGGCAUUACCAAAUUCUGCUUCCGUCUUAGCGGGUCACCCAAACUCACCAGCCAUUGUUGCGCUGGCCACCGCUUUCUCUCUUCCCACUAACACCAUCACUCCUCAAUGUUCUCCCAGUCGUCCUCCUCGUCGUCUUCAUCCUCCUCGUCGCUCCAAAAGAUGAAGAAACGUAGAUGGACGCGAGAACAACUGUUAAAGAGUCUUGAGAUCUUGGGUCCUCUCGCAGCACCGUUGCCACCAGACCUCCCUCCGUCACCCCCCGCAUCCCGGUCAAACUCCCCUACACUUCCAGCCGUCAAGAGGAAGCACGAUUCCACCCUGGAACAUGAUGUCGUCAAGCGCUCUAGAAUCAACGGGCUUCCAGAAAAGCCCUCGUCGCAUCACCAUCAUCAUUACCACCCACCACCUCCGCCACCUCCUCCUUCUCAACCGCUCAGGUCCUCCAACGCAGUUCCUAACUUUAACUUGCGUUCUGAGCCAUCAGAGGAUGGUGAAGUACGAGAAGAUACCACUGCCUUGACACCCCGGGGUCCGGCGCCUGCAGUCUUGUCAACCACUGUGCCUGUGCGGCGUCCGCGGCGCGGACGGCCAGCACCCGCUUCCUUCGAUGAAAUGCAUGACAUAUACCACAAGUACGGUAGAAUGCUCAAGUAUUCAGGCGAUGCUCGCUUCUGGUCGACAUAUCCUGCCACACACAAGGAAUAUCGUCCUCUGGCUAACCCUCCGCCUCCAAACUCUCCAUAUCAUAAGCAUGGAGGGCUCAUAGCGCGGCUUGAGCUCGUAGACGCACUCGUGUGCUUCACCUACUCGUUGUGGAGCAAGGAUUUUAGCAGGAAAUCGUGCUUCCGUGAGACUUGGGCUACCAUCGAGGCAUUCCUCGGGUGGUGUAAAAAUAAAUGGAUCGCUGAGCUUGACACGAUUGGCGAUCGUGAAAAAGCCCUAUUGGGCUUGAUCUGGAUGAUUGAAGGAUUCAUCCACGGGCGAAAGUUCUUCUUUUCAGCAAAGAUGGUCAUAGAACCUGAAAUGGAACGCACAUGGGCCAAAAUGAAGAAUGAUAUGGCAGUGCUCAGCAAGGAGGCGGAGAAAGCGGAUAUGAACGGCAUGGUGGGCAGCGCAGGCCAACAAUCCCUCGUCUCACAGCCCACACCACCAAUGCUUCCUUCUCCCGCAAGCAUAGCUCCUGCCAACAGCGCAAACUCUACUCCUAUAAACAACAGUGCGAGUGGCACUCCAAACGCGAAUACUUCUAACAGUAUCAAUCUGGUUAACUUGUCCGCUCCCUCACGCCCAGCGCCUCCGAUUUCCACCGCACUCCCACAGUAUAUGCAUGGACUUCUGCCUCAGACCGCCAAGGGACAAACUGCGAGCUAUAACAUGGUCGAGGCAUCCGCCAAGGCAACAGCAACCAUUGGUCCCGUGUUCACGUAUUCCGUCAAAGAGUUGUCAGGUGGCGUUAUGGCCGCGGGGUACUGUAUGGAGUUUGCGCAACGCACUCUGACCCUGCCCAUACUGGCGCGGCAUUAUCCCACGACAUUCGCACGGAUGAUGAGCUCGAGUCUGACUGCGCAUGAAGAGCACGAGCCUGACAUCGAAGAUGAGGAAGGGGAACUGUUUUGGCCUGGCCAGUGUGUAACUGGAGAGGGUCUCGGUUGGGUUUGCCUGAUGGGUAAAGCCAUGAUCAAAGAAUUCGGCCGAGACAUUGGUUAUCUCGGACUUGCCGGCGUCGUCCCAAAGCCCGCUCCUGGACCGAUUACAGGCGACUCAUCCCGACACGCGUCUGUGCUCCGGUAGCAGGCCUUACCAUUCCACGCGGUUCUCAUUU